AUGGCAGAGUGGCAAGCUAAAUUCAGUAACUACGACAGUGACCAGAGCGGACGUAUCUGUAUGCGGGAGUUCAAGCGGCUGCUGCAGUAUGUCGGACUGAACCCCAUAGACGACGAUGUCCAUCAAUUCAUGAUACAGGCGGACAAAAACGCUGACGACGAGUUGGAAUUCGAGGAAUUUUACGAGUAUGUGAAGACGUUGCCAGACCCCACAGGGGAAAUACGGGCUGCAUUUGAAAUGUUCGACCGUAACGGAGAUGGCCUCAUAGACAAACAGGAACUCAAAGCGAUUCUGCAGAAUGGGGAAGAAUGUUCAGAGGAAGAACUGGAAAAUCUUUUCAAACUUGUCGACGAUGAUCGCGACGGCAAGAUAGGAUUUGAAGGUAAAAGUUCACGCUAA